AUGCAGCUCAUGUUGCAGGGUUUGGAUUCCACGCAUUCUGGUAAAUGUUAUUGCCGUUUCACUCAGCGUCGUGGUAGUGAUAAUUUGUUAAACUGCGCAAUCUGUCAUUAUCGGCAUGGAAAACACGAAUUGUUGAUUAAGCAUUUGAUGGCUCCUCUUUUUUUCUUCUUACCUGUUACACUCAUUGACUUACCGUUCACA